CGACCUUGCUGCUAACGGAACCCUACAUUGCAUUGCUCCGGGAUGUCGAACGGCACGGAUCAGUCGCAACCACCGUCUGACAAGACUGAUCUCCCGGUGGAAUCGAGGCUGAAGAAGCGUGCUUCUCCGGGGGAUAACUGGGCGCCUCCUCCAGGUUGGACAACCGAAGAAAAAGUCCGAACCUCCGGUACCAAAGCUGGUAUGGUCGAUAAGUUCUACUACGAACCUGUUACGAAUCGUAAGUUCCGGUCAAGGACCGAAGUGAUGUACUAUUUGGAACACGGAACUCCUAAAAAGAAAAACAAGAAAGCGGUUAACGACAACAGUGACACCAAACCACAACGUUUGGAAGAACGAGGAAGCCUUAAGCGGUUGACCCAAUCCAACAAAAAGGCUGAUGAGCAGCCACCCCCGCCCCCACCGCCAAAGCCGUUGGAUUUUGAUUUUAUGAAUGUCCCGGAGAAGGUCGUUUGGACAGGAACAAAAGGCUUAGAAGAGGUUUGGUGUCCUUUCAUUGGGGACUACAAGAUUCAAGAAUCUGUCAGCCAAGAUUGGGACAGAGCCUUCAGUCUUGUCACUUCAAAUGGAAAUAUGUCGGUUUAGAAGAUUGGUGAAGCAAAUUCAUCAUCAAAUGUAAUAAAUUGCACUAGAGUUUUAUAUUUCUGCGUAGUAUUAACUGAUCUUCGCUUGGAUUUUCCAUUCAUUUGUCUAAAGCAUGCAAUGGAGGUUAAUUUAAUACUCAUGUGAUUGUUUAGUUACCCUUUAAUUUCGGUUGUAAUCUAAGUAUUUUCGUUAGGCAAUAAAUAUGCUAG